AUGAUUGUAUACCGUUCAGAUCAACAUGUGGGUAUUGUACUAGCCUCAGCCAUGUGCGAGUUGGAAAGAGAAAGAAAUACCGUUCGUUGCUAUGGUGUUGACGGAGAGAGUGAUUCUAUUAUGAGCUCAGCUUCAGAAAACUCCACUGAACCUUGGUUUUGUGAUGCAUGCAAAUGUGGGGUAUCUCCUAGUUGUGAACUGUGUCCCAAUCAAGAUGGAAUCUUCAAGGAGACAGAUGCUGGCAGGUGGGUCCACAUUGUUUGUGCCCUCUAUGUUCCAGGAGUGGCAUUUGGCGAUAUUGACAAGCUGCGGCCAGUAACACUUACCGAAAUGAACUAUUCUAAGUAUGGUGCCAAGGAAUGCAGUUUUUGUGAAGACUCUCGUUUUGCCAGAACUGGUGUUUGCAUUAGUUGUGAUGCUGGCAUGUGUAGAGCUUAUUUCCAUGUGACCUGUGCUCAGAAAGAAGGCCUACUGUCAGAAGCAGCAGCUGAAGAGGACAUAGCAGAUCCUUUCUUUGCUUAUUGUAAACAGCAUGCGGACCGGUUAGACAGAAAAUGGAAACGGAAGAACUACUUGGCUUUACAGUCUUAUUGCAAAAUGUCCUUGCAGGAAAGAGAGAAACAGCUCUCGCCAGAAGCACAGGCCCGAAUCAAUGCCAGACUGCAGCAGUAUCGUGCCAAGGCAGAAUUAGCUCGUACCACCAGGCCUCAGGCAUGGGUUCCCAGGGAGAAGCUGCCACGACCACUCACUAGCAGUGCUUCAGCCAUACGUAAGCUGAUGCGGAAAGCUGAAUUAAUGGGAAUUAGUACAGACAUCUUUCCAGUGGACACUUCAGAUACCAGUUCCAGUGUGGAUGGAAGGAGAAAACAUAAGCAACCAGCUCUGACGGCUGAUUUUGUCAAUUAUUAUCUUGAGAGAAACAUGCGCAUGAUUCAGAUCCAAGAAAACAUGGCUGAACAGAAGAAUAUUAAGGAUAAACUAGAAAAUGAGCAAGAAAAACUUCAUGUGGAAUAUAACAAGCUGUGUGAGUCCUUAGAAGAGCUACAAAAUAUGAAUGGAAAGCUACGAAACGAAGGGCAAGGAAUAUGGACUCUACUGGGUAGAAUCAUUGGGCAGAAAUUGAACAUACCAGCAAUUUUACGAGCACCCAAGGAGAGGAAACCAAGUAAAAAGGAAGGAGGAACACAAAAGACGUCCAUGCUUCCAGCAGUACUUUAUAGCUGUGGAAUUUGUAAGAAGAACCAUGAUCAGCACCUCCUCUUACUAUGUGAUACCUGUAAACUACAUUAUCAUCUCGGCUGUCUGGACCCUCCUCUUACAAGAAUGCCAAGGAAGACUAAAAACAGUUAUUGGCAGUGCUCAGAGUGUGACCAGGCAGGCAGCAGUGACAUGGAAGCAGAUAUUGCCAUGGAAACCUUACCAGAUGGGACCAAGAGAUCAAGGAGGCAGAUUAAAGAACCAGUGAAAUUUGUCCCACAGGAUGUGCCACCAGAACCAAAGAAGAUUCCAAUCAGAAACACGAGAACUAGAGGACGAAAACGAAGCUUUGUGCCUGAAGAAGAAAAGCCUGAGGAACGUAUUCCUAGAGAAAGACGGCAAAGGCAGUCUGUUCUACAAAAGAAACCCAAAUCAGAGGAUUUAAGAACCGAAUGUGCUACAUGCAAGGGGACUGGAGACAAUGAAAAUCUAGUCAGGUGUGAUGAAUGCAGGCUCUGCUACCAUUUUGGUUGCCUGGAACCUCCUUUGAAAAAAUCUCCAAAACAGACAGGCUAUGGAUGGAUUUGUCAAGAGUGUGAUUCUACUUCCUCUAAAGAAGAUACAAAGAUGGACAUUGGAAAUUAGCUGUCAACUAUAGUUUGGACAUCAAGCAGUCUUUCUUGAAUACCACUUAAAUAUAAUGGUCACUGCUGGAGUGAAUUAUAAUUGAUAUUGAAUUCCUGUCACCUCUUAAACCAAAAGGGUUUCUUUAUAACAUUAGUUAAAAUGUUCUGCCUGCUAUUUUUUUUCAGUGUUUUUGCAAAAGGACACUUUCUGAAACUCCAAAUGUGUAUUUGGCCUGGCUGGCCAAACUACACAGAUAAAAUGCUAUGCUUGCUGAAUAAUUUACCAUGAAAAUUAAUUCAAUAUUAUGUAAUUUUCUGUAAAGUAUUUUAAUUUUUAGAUAUUUGGAUGUAAGAUGAAAUGUUUUGAAAAAAUAAAAUUGAAUUUACAGGCUACAAUGACCACCUAUAUUUACUGUACUUAUGUUAAAGAUGACUUCACAUUUAAAAAUAUACCAAACAAGAUGUUUAUCACUGA